UGGUGGUUAGACUGUGUUUGCCCAACUGAUUUAGAGACUAGAUAUUUAUCAAAAUCAUUUGGUAUUCAUCCUUUAACUUCAGAAGAUAUUAGAAUGCAAGAAAGUCGUGAAAAAGUCGAAUUAUUUAAAAAUUACUACUUUAUUUCUUACCAUACCUUUGAAAAUGAUAAUGAAAGUCAAGAUUAUUUGGAACCAAUCAAUUUUUAUAUGGUGGUUUUUCAAAAUGGUAUUAUUACUUUUCAUUUUUCAAAAGUUUUACACUCAAUUAAUGUUAGAAGAAGAAUCAGACAAUUAAAAGAUUAUAUGAGAAUUAAAAGUGAUUGGAUUUGCUAUGCACUAAUUGAUGAUAUUACUGAUAGUUUUGUUCCAAUCAUAAAUAGCAUUGAGUACGAAGCUGAUGCAAUUGAGGAUUCGGUAUUUAUUUUAAGAGAAAUGGACUUUAGUAAAAUGCUACAAACAAUUGGUGAGGCUCGCAGAAAAGUCAUGAUACUAAUGAGAUUAUUAUCUGGUAAAGCUGAUGUUAUCAAAAUCGAUAAGAUUAAACCUGGGGCUGAUAUUGCAUUGUAUUUAGGUGACAUUCAAGAUCAUAUUAUAACAAUGUUUUCAAACUUGAUUUCUUAUGAAAAAAUCUUUUCAAGGUCCCAUUCAAAUUACUUGGCUCAACUACAAGUUGAAAGCUUUAAUUCUAAUAAUAAAGUGACCGAAAUGUUAUCAAAAGUUACAUUAAUAGGUACAUUGUUGGUUCCACUAAAUUUGGUUACAGGUUUGUUUGGAAUGAACGUUAACGUCCCCGGUAGUGAUAUCACUAAUAAUUACUAUUGGUUUAUCGGUAUUGUUUUAUUUUUAUUCUUCAUCAUAACUGUUGGGUUAAUUGUGUCU